ACAAGCAACUGUAACAUCACGAGAUGCUGCAGCUGCAGUGAUGGGACGGAGCUCCGUGCAGGGCUACUGCACCACCCUGAAGACCGGGCCGGGCGGGGUGGCCCGCACCCGGGUGGUGGACCUCCGCAGCGAGGUGGUGGCCAAGCUUGCACCGGCGAUACGCAAGGCCAUGUUGGAGGCUGAGGUCGAAUAUGACUUGAUGGGAGAAGACCCGACAGCCAGAGAGUUACAGGAGUUUGCAGCUGACAUGUUUCAGAUGGAGGCUGCACUGUUUGUUCCCUCUCUAACCAUGGCUAAUCUUAUCGCAGUGAUGGCGCACUGCAGGGAGCGGGACAGCGAGAUAAUUGUGGGUGAUCUGUCCCAUAUGCACCUCUUUGCACAAGGAGGGACUGCACAGCUGGCUAGCGUCCACUCCACCACGGCGACCACCCUCCCUGAUGGAACGUUUGACUUGGAGCAGCUUGAAUCAAAGAUCCACCACGGUUACCCCGACCCCCACUACCCCCGAUCACGCCUCAUAUGUGUGGAGAACACACACAACAUACGGGGAGGACGUGUGCUUCCUCUGACCUUCCUGCGGGAGGUUCGCGCUUUAGCAGAUACAUAUGGUCUGUCAGUUUACAUGGAUGGAGCCAGGGUGAUGAACGCUGCUGUGGCCCAGGGGGUGCCUCCAUCCACCAUAACGCAGCAUGUACACGCCGUCAGUGUGUGCCUCUCCAAGGGUUUGGGUGCCACUUCGGGAACCAUCCUGGCCGGACCCCGAGAAUUCAUAUCUAGGGCUGUACGGUGCCGCCAAGCCCUGGGUGGGGAGGUGAUGAAGACUGGUAUGUUAGCAGCAGCAGGAAAACUGUGUCUAUUGGAGAUGACAGGACGACUGGAAGAGGAUCACUGCAAUGCAAAAACUUUUGCUCAAGCUCUGGACGACUGCGACCCUCCCCUGUUCGCUGUAGACACGGCUGCCGUGGAGACAAACAUUGUGUGUUUCAGUCUUCGGGAGCCCAGUUUGAGUCCCUAUGAGUUCUGUACCCGCAUGGGUCAGGUUGGUGCUGGAGAGGUGGCUGCACUGGGACAGGGAAUACAAGUUCAUAUGUUCCCCUAUCACAGAAAUAUAAUACGGGCUGUGUGGCAUCUUGGAAUAUCCUCUGAAGAUACCCAGCUUGCCAUCCAGAAAAUGCAAUUUGUGGCUUCUCAGUACUUGAGGGAUAAACUCAGGGCUCAGUAAAAUCUAAAGCCCCUUUCACACGCGCACUGUCACUGAUUUCACCCUGUCAGCUAGUCCUAAAUCCAGGUGAGCAACAUCUGGGAAUAUCCUCUGACAAAAGCCGAAAUCUUUGGUUGAAAUUGUCUGGAUGAAGCAGACAGCUGUCCCGAGUGAAUUCCCGGGGAGCAAGCGGGCAUGUGCAUGAAGGCAUCCAUCAUGGACAAUAGAACUAGAAUGGCAUUCAGUAGAGUGCAUACCUCCGCCA